UUAUGAUUGGUCAGAACGCCCCCCAGGGGAUUGUCGCGACCAAUCAGAUCGAGGCUGUUGGUCAAGGGGACGCGCUGAUUGGCGGACCGCAGUUUGUGCGUUCUUAUAAGUGUACGGAGGCAGCGCAGGACAGUCUAUUAGAAGUUGUUGAGACGUGACCGUGUAUGCAACAACUUGUGGCUAAUGGUUUACGAUGAAUUCUCCUAAGGGACCCGUUGCGUGUGAAACGACAGCUCUCGAGAAAUCCGGCUCGGAGGGCGAGGAAAGCCCAAAGCCGAAAGAUAUGACCACCGACACGGGACAUAAAAUCAAGAAGUGCUUACCGUUUAGCGUUGAAUCUCUGAUGGCAAAGUCAACCUGCCAGGUCGUGUGCUCUCCGGUUCUCCAGCAGCCUUUCCCCCAGAGACUUGGACCGGACCUAAUACGGACAUACUUUGUAGAGAAAACGAAAGUUUCUGUGGACAGUUUGUCAAACGUGUCGGACGGCUUCAACGAUGAAAGUGAAGAAUUGAGCGAUAAGGAACAGAGCACUUGGUUAAACUCGUCAUCUUUUGCAUCUCCCCCACGUCACCCAAGCCCAACACCGUGCCCCUUACGCAAGCACAAGACAAACAGAAAGCCCCGCACGCCCUUCAGCACCUCCCAGCUGCUCUCACUGGAGCGCAAGUUCAGACAAAAACAGUACCUCUCCAUCGCCGAACGGGCCGAGUUCUCCAACUCUCUGAACCUCACAGAGACCCAGGUCAAGAUUUGGUUCCAGAACCGGAGGGCGAAGGCCAAGAGACUCCAGGAGGCCGAACUGGAAAAGUUUAAAUGCGCAUCCAAACCCAUUCUGGCACCGUUUGCGCUGCCCUUUCCUCUGGGUUCGCCAUCAUCUCUCUAUGGACCACCAGCCAGUUUCCCACGGCCCUUACCGAUGCCAGGACUAUUUAACGGGCCCGUGUCCUAUGGAAUGUAUUAUUUGUCCUAAAACUUUUAUAUGAUUGCUUCUUCCAAACUCGGAAUGAUUUUAAGAGACUUUAAAUUAUGUCCACCUGGCGCGCAAAAGUUAAAUAUUCCAAUGUUAAAGUAUAUAAGGUGAAGAUACACAUUUUUAUAGCCCUUUUUGGUCAUACUUUAUAUUGCAGUGUUUAUGUUACUCUUAAAUGACAAGUGCUCACUUAUACAUAUACUUAGUAGUAUGUAAUUAUUUUGAGGAACUGUAGUUAUUAUUACAUUAGUAAUUAACUAUUCUGUUUAAAAUAUGUAACAUGAGCACUGUAAUGCAAAGUGUUACCUGUAAUAGUUAUCAAGUCCGUACAUCCGCGAAAUCAUCCCUCAGAUAUGAAAAUGGAUGGAGGUAGACUUCUGUAUAUUUUAGUGUUUUAUUUUCUGUUGUAUAUUGACGUGCUCUUGUAGAGCAGGUAGACGUGUGUAACUGUUUUAAAAUCAAUUUCAACUGAGCUUAUCCGUCACAUGACGAAGUACUUAUUGGCCUUAUGUUGGAAGUGCCUUGAAAGACCAAAUAUUUAUUAGUCAAAAAAUAAAAAGUAUUCUUUUAUAAAUGUAAAUAUUUUUCCAAUUCUAUUUUCUUUUUUCUAACCAAUGUAUUUUAAUUGGAAAUUUAUUUGGAAACUAAGACGCAUAAAAGACAAAAUAACAGCAAGUUUCCUAUAAUUAUCGGGUAAAGUAUUCACCUGGAUCCCGCCGAAUUGCGCCUUAUUAUUAC